CCACGCUCUUCACCGCAGCUGACUUCCGUCCUCAGGGCUCUGAUCUCAGCGCGAGGCCCCGAGUCCACGCAGAGGCGCUCCGAGAGGCUCCAGGCGCGGGCUGAGGACAGACAGUGACCCCGCACCCCCCCCCCCCGCCCGUUCCCCAUCGCACCAUGGUGCAGAGCAUGGACGACCUGGACUUCCGGCUGCCCUCCCACGCCCAGGACAUGCUGGACGGGCUGCGGCGGCUGCGGGCCCUGCCCAAGCUGGCGGACGUCACGCUGCUGGUGGGCGGCCGGGAGCUGCGCUGCCACCGCGGCCUGCUGGCCCUGAGCAGCCCCUACUUCCACGCCAUGUUCGCGGGCGACUUCGCCGAGAGCCUGUCGGCGCGCGUGGAGCUGCGGGACGUGGAUCCCGACGUGGUGGAGCAGCUGGUGGACUUCGCGUACACGGGCCGGCUGAGGGUGACGCGGGGCACGGCGGAGGGCCUGGCGCGCGGGGCGUCGCGGCUGCACUUCCCCGCCGUGCAGAAGGUGUGCGGCCGCUACCUGCAGCAGCAGCUCGACGCCGCCAACUGCCUGGGCCUCUGCGAGUUCGGGGAGCGGCAGGGGCUGCCGGGCGUGGCCGCCAAGGCCCGGGCCUUCCUGCGGGAGAACUUCGAGGCGGUGGCGCGGGGGGACGAGUUCCUGCGGCUCCCCCCCGAGCGGCUGGCCGCCUGCCUGGCGGGCGAGCUGCUGCAGGCGCGGCCGGGGCAGAGCCGGCUGGCGGCGCUGCUGCGCUGGGCGCGCCACGACCCCCGCGCCCGCGCCGCCCACCUGCCCGGGCUGCUCCGCCUGCUGCCCCCCGACGCGGUGCCCGGGCCCUGCGUGCGGCGGCUGCUGGCCACGGAGCCCCUCAUCCGGGGCUCGGAGGCGUGCCGGGAGGCCCUGGCUCGGGGCCGGAGCGCGGUGCCGCCUGGCCUGCCGCAGGAGCUGCAGGAGGUGCUGGUGGUGGUGGGCGGGCAGGCGCUGGAGGAGGAGGAUGAGGGCGGCGGAGAGCCCGCCGCCCCCCUCGGGAACUUUGCCUUCUACAACACCAAGACCAGGAGGUGGAUGGCGCUCCCCGACUUCCCCGACUACCACAAGUGGGGCUUCUCGCUGGCGGCGCUCAACAACGACGUCUACGUCACAGGUGGGUCGGCCGGCGGCCGGGGGGCUGCCGCCAGGACGCCUGGCCAGCCAGUGCCCCCCAGCGGAGCCCCCCGACACCGAUGCUCCCCACUCCGCGGGACCCCCGACCAGCCAGCCAAGACCCCGGACCUCCCUCCCUGCAUGAGGUCCGGGAGGCGUCGACCCAGCAUGGACCGGUGGCUCACGGGGCACCAAGACGGACACCUGGUCGACCACGCAGGCCUGGUGCUUCCUGCUGAAGGAGGCAGCGUGGAAGCCCGUGGCCCCCAUGCCGAAGGCCCGCACCAACCACGCCAGCACCGCGCUCAACGGCGAGAUCUACGUCAUCGGGGGUACCACCCUGGACGUGGUGGAGAUGGAGAGCUACGACCCCUACACAGACAGCUGGACCGUGCUCAGCCCCGCCCUCAAGUAUGUGAGCAACUUCUCGGCGGCCAGCUGCCAGGGCCGGCUCUACCUGGUGGGUUCCAGUGCCUGCAAGUACAACGCCCUGGCCCUGCAGUGCUACAACCCCGUGACAGAUGUGUGGAACGUGAUCACCUCGCCCUUCCUGCCCAAGUACCUGUCCUCCCCCCGCUGUGCCUCCCUGAAGGGGGCGCUCUACCUCAUCGGGGACAACACCAAGAAGAUGUACGUCUACGACCCCGGGGCCAACCUAUGGCAAAAGGUGCAGUCCCAGCACAGCCUGCACGAGAACGGGGGCCUGGUGGCGCUGGGGGACGCGCUGUACGUGACGGGCGGCCGCUGGCAGGACAUGGGCGUCGUCUACCGCGUGGAGAUGGAGGCCUACGACACGGUGCGCGACGCCUGGGCGCGCCACGGCGCCCUGCCCCGCCUCUGGCUCUACCACGGGGCCGCCGCCAUCUUCCUGGACCUCUCCACGUGGACGCGGCGCUUCCCAUCCUCCUGGGAGCGCUGAGACGGGGUGCCGGCCCCCCCACCUUCCCCCCCCCCCCCGCCUCACCCUCGGUGCCCCCCGCCGCCACCAGGGGGCGCCACGGAGACGCCCUGCCGGGAAGGCACCGGACCAGGAGCAAGGCUCCGGGGAAUCGGCCCUCUCCCGCCCUCUCUUCUGCACCCAGACCCAGAUGGGCUGCGGGUUCGGGGCCUUGCUCCCGGCAGGUUCCCGGGAGGAGGGUGACAGGCGCUGGCUGUCUGCCAGCUUCGCCUGCCAGCCACGGUGAAUUGGGGGCACUCGGGGCUGCCCGCGGUUUUGGGGUGCAGGAAGGAGCGCGUGGCGCCCGGCCCGCCCUCGUCUGCGCAGCACAGCUGCCCGCCCCGGCGAUGUUCGCCUCGGGCGCGGUGAGGCCGUCCCAAGCCGAGGGCAGGACCCGCGGGGGGGGGUCCCCAGCACCCCAGCCUCAGGGCGGGGAGGGAAGCGGGGCUGUGCACCCCCUCAGGGGCCCCCCGGGGCUGGGGCGCCGGGAAGCGAGGGCGCCCACCGUCACCGUGUACACAGACGGUGCCUCGUGUUAACGGUUGUGACCACAGGAUAGCUCGAGACCCUGUUUUCUGCCUGAACCUGUGCCCCCCCAUACUGAAAUAAAUAACCCGCCUCCUUGCUCAGACCCCCUAAAAGCCUAACUCCCAACCCACCUCCCCGCACGACCCCCAACCCCGCGGGAAGGCCGCGGCCCCUCGCUGUGCUUCAGUAACCGUUGAGACCCAGCCAGCCUGUGAUUCUCCUCCAGUCCUCACAAAGGGGACCAUGACAAGAGCCGCGGGGUUGCUGCCCGCACCC